CUAAUACUAGAUAUCAACAACUUUCAUAAAAAUGAUUGCAGACAAAGAGGGAGACAGCAAUGGACUCGAAGCCGAUAAUCACGCUCCUUUUCUUAAUCUCGGCAACCGUCAUCGCAGCCCAAGAGUACGUCCGGCCUCCGCCUCGCAAAGCCCUCCAUUUUCCAUGGAGCCGAAAACACUCUUCCCAUCCCCAGCAGGUGCACAUCUCUUUGGCAGGGGACAAGCACAUGCGAGUGACUUGGAUCACUAAUGAUAAAUCUGCUCCGUCAAUUGUUGAAUAUGGAACAUUGUCAGCGAAGUACAGUUCUGUAGCUCAAGGAGAAAGUACCUCUUAUAGUUAUCUGCUCUAUAGAUCAGGAAAGAUACACCAUACUGUCAUUGGGCCUCUUGAACAUGGCACCGUUUACUUUUAUCAAUGUGGAGGACAAGGUCCUGAGUUUCAGUUCAAGACCCCUCCAGCUCAAUUUCCAAUUACUUUUGCCGUGGCUGGAGAUCUGGGACAAACUGAAUGGACAAAGUCAACCCUAGACCACAUUGACCAGUGCAAAUAUGAUGUGCAUCUGCUUCCUGGAGAUCUUUCAUAUGCUGAUUACAUGCAGUCCCGAUGGGAUACAUUUGGUGAGCUGGUGCAGCCACUUGCAAGUGCAAGGCCAUGGAUGGUAACCCAAGGGAACCAUGAAAAGGAGAAUAUACCAUUGUUAAAAGAUGGGUUUGCAUCCUAUAAUUCCCGAUGGAAAAUGCCGUGUGAAGAGAGCGGAUCAAGUUCGAAUCUUUACUAUUCCUUUGAAGUUGCAGGUGUUCAUGCUAUCAUGCUCGGUUCAUAUACUGAUUACGAUGAGUAUUCAGAUCAAUACAGGUGGUUGAAGGCUGAUCUUUCAAAGGUAGACCGUCAGAAGACACCUUGGCUGGUUGUGCUCUUUCAUGUGCCCUGGUACAAUAGUAACAAGGCUCAUCAAGGUGAAGGGGACAGCAUGAUGGCAGCAAUGGAGCCAUUACUGUAUGCUGCCAGUGUGGAUAUAGUGCUCGCUGGUCAUGUUCAUGCUUAUGAACGCACGAAACGUGUGAACGGUGGAAAAUCAGAUACAUGCGGCGCUGUCCACAUAACCAUUGGUGAUGGAGGAAACAGAGAAGGUUUAGCUCACAAGUAUAUAAACCCAUCUCCUGAGUGGUCAGUUUUCCGGGAAGCAAGUUUUGGUCAUGGUGAGCUGAAGAUAGUGAAUUCGACCCAUGCCUUUUGGACCUGGCAUAGGAAUGAUGAUGAUGAGCCUGUAAGGUCUGAUCAGGUCUGGAUAACCUCGUUACUCAGUUCUGGAUGUGUUGCUGAGAAGAGACAUGAACUAAGGAGUAUACUUGUGGGGCCAUAGAACUUGUCAUGCAUGUGAUGGCUUCACCUGAUUUUGUCAAAUCAGGGGUUUUUAUGUAUAAGAUGAAAUCAUCUACCAACUGGAUGAUGUGCUAAUAGCUGCUUGAAUUGGUAGAACACGGUGGGUCCACGAUGUGCUAAUUGGGUUCUCUCAACUGGUUGAUGUGUCUGGAAAACUGGUUUUUUAAGCAGUUUGAAUGUGCAAGAACUUCAGCAUAUUGUUGAACUCUGCGUGUAGUAUAUGUGGUAAGAUACUCCCUUUAUUUUUGUCUAAUGUAACAUAUAUAGUUCUCCCUU